UUUUGUCUCCAGUGUCUCGUUUGCCGUCGUCCGCGUCGCAGGCGCUCGGGGGUUCCGCAGGCGCGAGUCGGGGGAAACCCGGGGUCUAUUGUCUGCGCGGGGCUCGGCAGCCGGGUCCCCAGAGCGUCCGCGCGCCGCUUCCCCGCGGGCCAGGCGAGCAGCAGCCGCAGCAGCGACCGCCCCCGCCCCGUCCCGCCCUUCCAUCCCGGGCUCCGGGAGGGACCCAGCCCCGCGUCACGCCCCUCGGCGCUCCUCGCUCCUUUCUCUCGCUCUUGGCGUCCGCGUCGUGCUCCCCGGGACCUAGACGGUGCCCCAUAGAUGGCCAGCUUUCCCCCGAGGGUCAACGAGAAAGAGAUCGUGAGAUCCCGUACUAUAGGUGAACUUUUAGCUCCAGCAGCUCCUUUUGACAAGAAAUGUGGCCAUGAAAAUUGGACUGUUGCUUUCGCACCAGAUGGUUCGUACUUUGCCUGGUCACAAGGACAUCGUACAGUAAAACUUGUUCCAUGGUCCCAGUGCCGAAAAAACUUUCUCUUGCAUGGCACCAAGAAUAUCACUAAUUCAAGCAGUUUGAGAUUGUCAAGACAAAAUAGUGAUGGUGGUCAGAAAAAUAAGCUUUGUGAGCAUGUUAUAGACUGUGGAGAUAUAGUCUGGAGUCUUGCUUUUGGAUCUUCAGUUCCAGAAAAACAGAGCUGCUGUGUAAAUAUAGAAUGGCAUCGAUUCAGAUUUGGACAAGAUCAGCUACUUCUUGCCACAGGGUUAAACAAUGGACGUAUCAAAAUAUGGGAUGCAUAUACAGGAAAACUCCUCCUUAACUUGGUGGAUCAUACUGAUGUGGUCAGAGAUUUAACUUUUGCUCCAGAUGGGAGCUUGAUCCUUGUCUCAGCUUCAAGAGAUAAAACUCUAAGAGUGUGGGACCUAAAAGAUGAUGGAAACAUGAUGAAAGUAUUGAGGGGCCAUCAGAACUGGGUGUACAACUGUGCAUUCUCUCCUGACUCUUCUAUGCUGUGUUCAGUGGGAGCCAGUAAAGCAGUUUUUCUUUGGAAUAUGGAUAAAUAUACUAUGAUAAGGAAACUGGAAGGACAUCACCAUGAUGUUGUAGCUUGUGACUUUUCUCCUGAUGGAGCAUUACUGGCUACUGCAUCUUAUGAUACACGAGUAUUUAUUUGGGAUCCAUAUGCUGGAGACAUUCUCAUGGAAUUUGGGCAUCUGUUUCCCCCACCUACUCCAAUAUUUGCUGGAGGAGCAAAUGACAGAUGGGUACGAUCCGUAUCUUUCAGUCAUGAUGGACUACAUAUUGCAAGCCUCGCUGACGAUAAAUUGGUGAGGUUCUGGAGAAUUGAUGAGGAUUGUCCAGUACAAGUUGCUCCUUUGAGCAAUGGUCUUUGCUGUGCCUUUUCUACUGAUGGCAGUGUUUUAGCUGCUGGGACACAUGAUGGAAGUGUGUAUUUUUGGGCCACUCCAAGGCAGGUUCCUAGCCUUCAACAUUUAUGCCGAAUGUCAAUCCGGAGAGGGAUGCCUCCCCACGAAAUCCUGGAGCUGCCGGUUCCUUACAAAGUCUUGCAGUUCCUCUCCUAUCGCAUCUAGAGGACUCUCUUUAGGGACCAAAAGAAUUCACUUCACAUAAACCUCAAGCUUUACUGACUUCGAGUGUCAUACUUUCAAGGUGUAGAACAUUUAUUUUAUUCGAUACAUUGCUUUUUGGGGGGGAGUUUAAAUUCUUUUUGUUGGGGAGAGGGAACAUUUGGGGCCUACCCACUAUUCGCUUUGGACAGGGGAUGGACUGCGUCGAACAGAGAUCAGACCCCAGCCAUCUGCAUGCAGAGCAUGUUCUCAGCCCUGUCAGUUGUCUCUCCAAUUCCUGAAGUUUUCUUUUUAUUUUUUGGUGGUGCUGGGGAUCGAACCCACGAUCUCACACAUUCAAGGCAAGUGCUCUACCACAGAGCUACCUCCCUGGCUAAUCUGAUACAUUUUUAUACUGCCUUUUGAUCAGUUAAACUUUUAAAAGUAUUAUUUAUCAACUGUAGGAUAAAUAUUUCUAAACCUGUCAAGUGUAAAUUUCCCCCCUAAUAUCUAACUGUGAAAACAAAUAACGUACAUGUAUAUAUUUAGAUAUAAGGUGCUCUAUGUCGAAUACACUUUUGCUUUUCCCAUUUUUAGCUCUGACAUGUAUAUAAUGCUUCAAUAGAGGCACAGUGUGUAUUUAUACAUCAUAUUCUUUGCUGUUAAGUGGAAACAGUUUUUUUUCCCCUAAAUUUUGGAACACUGUGUUAGAUAGUAAAUAUUGACUUAAUAAAGCAGGAUUGCCUCAUGCAAAAUGCAGGCUUGCCUGUUAGCUGUCAGACAAGUGACCUGCAACAGAAACAGAUUUUGUAAAGUGAAAGUGUUGGUUUUCCUUAGGAAUGACAAUUGAGGGGUAGAAUUUGAACUUGUUUUUAAGUAAAAACUAGCCAAGAUGUAACUAGAAAUGAAAGAGUAUUUCCUCCUUCUCCACUGAAUAUUACUAUGAGCCUGGAUUUGGGGAAGCAGCUUGCUGCUUUAACCUCUGUGGUAUAAAGUAUUACAAAUUGUAGUCAGCUUGAGAAAUUCACCUACUGUAUUCUUGCUAAAUACUUUGUUGUUUGUACUAGGGACAAUUACCUUAAGACCCUGGUUUUUAUUGUUUGUUUGGGGGGGGCGGUGUUUUGGGUUUGUUUUGUUUUUUUUUACAUGUAUCUUAUGUUUCUGCAGAGGAUAAUAUUGGUUAUUUGCCAAAGAGAAGCAAUACAGUCUAUCUGCUUUUGCCUUCUGCUUAUCUUACCUGCAGAAAAAAGAAUGUAUGUAUUAUGUAAAAUGCUCGAUUAUAUAUUUUUGUUGAGUUUUUUAAUUAAAGACUUGUUUAAAAAAAAGUCACAAAUCAUCUUUAAUGCGUUAAAAGACUCCCAAUAAU